AUUAGCAACAUCAUUCGUGCUCAGGAGACUUCGGUUGAUUAACUACAACAGCGAAACUUGCAAUGUCGGAUUACGAACCAAGUCCAAGUGAAACAAUUGAUCAAAUCGUCCAGGGGCUCAACAGCUCGAUUGAAAGAUGGGACUACAAAGACCAUCUUGCUCCUAUAAGAAGGCCACCCCUUUAUGCUGACGAUGCGACAUGGGAGCAUGAUAACAUCAGAGCUCUUAGACGAGAAGCUAUGUCAACAGAUGAAGUCGAUGAUCGGAAAGCUCUCCUGCUUCAAUUACAAACGUGUUUUCUACCCUCAUUAAAACAGCAACUUGCCGAUCUGUUGAAGUCAUUGGACCUAGCCGACCUGUCGAAAGAUCCAAAACCGAAUCUUCUUGGUAUUCUAGAAACGGUAUUCCGACUCGGCCAAACCUUUAAGCAAAUCAAUGCCUUUCUCUACUCUAUCGCUGGUAUCGCUGCCUGUUCAUCGCAAGUACACAAAAAAUACGACCAUGAUUACGGUGGCGUGAAAGAAUUCAGAUGCCACUCUCUGAUAGAGAAAAUCAAUCAUCUGAUGAGUGAACAUAUCUGGGUACUGUUCAAGCGUCACAUCCCAUACAUGCUACUCCGGUCAAAAGACCAUCCGACUCGCUUGAACGAUCGAUCUGAUCUAAUUGCCCACGGGGGGAAGCUGAUUGAUGGAAUAGCCCGAUCUUCCAAUUACAUCGACACGAUCAUCAAAUCGUCCAAGCGAUCUGAUUUCAAUAUUCUCCAAGACAAAUGGAGAGGAAAAUCUAAUGAUCUUAAUUGUCUUCUGAAGCGAAUCGCUGUACGAAUCAAUCCAACAACUGAAGAGGAACGCCUUCUAAUUGAUGCCGGCCUACCGGAAAUUCCAAGCACUUCCAAAGCCAUUGCCGAUGACAAUCAUUCUACCAACACCGAUCAAGCUGAAAUCGAUUCUAAUUAUCGAGACACCGGAUCCGACACUGACUCUUCAAUCGAUCAGGAAGAUGAUGAAUCUGAUACAAGCUGUUCGACUUGCUCAUCUGAAGAGUCCUUUCUGAGAUCAUUGCUCAUUAAACUCGCCCAAUCAGCCAUACCACUGAUCAAAUUGGUCAGAAUCCUAUUCAACAAGCUAUCGAACCCGAUAAGUCAAGUACCAUUUACGAUUGGUCUUAAGAUGAGUUCGAUGGAUAUUGAAUCAGUACAGGGUGAACUGAGCUCUCUUGAUUGCAGUAUCCACAAUAUCCUGAACGACUUGCUCUAUAUGUAUGAUUGCGAAGGGAUUAUGGAUGAGUUAAAGAGCGUCAAGAUGUUGCGCGAGCGACUCUGGAGGUAUUUUGAUUCUUCCCUAGUUUUGUUGUGCUUCUAUCUGGUUCCUUCAACUGGCAUAGAGCUGGAGCUUCCUAUAUCUGGGAAUCAUUCCAAAACUUGGUUUCUCGAAUUAAGAGAACAAUUCUCCUUGGCUACUAAAGUUUUUGACAAAGCUCUUCAUGAAUUUGAACAGGAAAUAGAAUUAUAA